UUAUUAUCAGAGAAGCAAGACGGUGAUUGGCGACCGCGUUGCCGCUGCCGCGUCCUAUGUGCAGGAGCCCUAAGGUUCCGUGCUUCCGCCCAAAGUCGGGAUAGGAUCAGGAUUCAGUUUGCAAUCAUGGCGGAUCCAUUGAGUUUGCUGCGACAAUACAAUGUUAAUAAAAAAGAGAUAAUCGAACGGGAAAAUCAGAUUAUAUUCGGAGAAUUCUCCUGGCCAAAGAAUGUAAAAACCAAUUAUCUGACUUAUGGCUCUGGAAAGGAAGGCACACCCAAGGAAUAUUAUACGCUGGAAUGCCUGUUAUUCUUGCUCAAACAUGUUCAGCUCACGCAUCCGGUGUACGUACGACAAGCAGCUGCGGAGAAUAUUCCGGUGGUACGGCGACCUGACAGGAAGGAUCUAUUGGCCUAUCUCAAUGGUGAGACCGCCACGUCAGCCGCCAUAGACAAGUCUGCACCGUUAGAGAUCCCGACACAGGUGAAACGUGCCGCUGAGGAUGGCUUAGAAAGCGGUUCCUCGAAAAAGCCUCGCUUCGAGGAGACCCACGUGCAGAAGGUGAAGGAGCAACUAGCGGCGCGUUUAGAUGCCCCUAAAGAAGCAUCGGUCACAGUCGACAAUAUCAAGUCGCUCUCGGAAGCGAUGUCGGUGGAAAAGAUUGCGGCGAUCAAAGCAAAGCGUUUGGCGAAGAAGCGCACCACUAUCAAGGAGAACGAUGACAUCGGUAUGGGCUCGGAUCUGCGCGUUAUUCUUGAUAUGGACGUGGACGACACGAAGGACAUCGUGUCGCGCGAAAGGCAGUGGCGGACGCGUGCUACUAUUCUGCAAAGUACUGGCAAGAUCUUUGCAAAGAAUAUCUUUGCGAUUCUGCAGAGUAUCAAAGCGCGGGAGGAGGGCCGGCAGAAGGGUCCAGCCGUGCCGACGCCCAUGGUGACACCACGCUCAACGCCGAUGCGACCACUGCCGCAGCCAGCUGUCUAUAACCGUUACGAUCAGGAGCGUUUCAUACGGCAAAAAGAAGAAACGGAGGGAUUCAAGAUUGACACUAUGGGUACGUAUCACGGCAUGACACUCAAGUCCGUGACCGAGGGCACGAAUCCAGCCGUGAGAAAACCACCGGUCAAUCCGUCCACUACCCCGACCUCUGGUCUGUUACCGACUUCGGCCGCUAAAUUGACGCCUCAGCAAGCGGCACAGAACAAACGGCCGAGCCGAACACCCAUCAUCAUCAUUCCCAGCGCCAACACGUCCCUCAUCACCAUGUAUAACUCCAAGGAGAUCCUUCAAGAUCUCAAAUACAUCAGUAAUGAAGACAAGCGGACGCAAGGUUGUAAGAGAGAGAACGAAGUGCUUCUCCAGCGUCGCAAGGAAGGUGGUCUGACCGUACCUUAUCGGGUGGUCGACAAUCCGCAGAAGCUCACCAACGCCGACUGGGAGAGGGUUGUCGCGGUGUUUGUCAUGGGACCGGCGUGGCAAUUCAAGGGUUGGCCGUUCGAUGGUAAUCCGGUGGAGAUCUUUUCGAAAAUAUGUGCAUUUCACUUGAAAUACGAUGAAAUGAGGCUGGAUGCAAAUGUGGCGCGUUGGGCGGUCACGGUAAUCGAAUUGAGCCGAACCAAGAGGCACUUGGACAGAGCAGCGUUAAUGAUAUUCUGGGAACAUCUCGAUAAACACAUGAUCAAGAACAAGCCGCAUCUUCGCUUCUAAAGUUCUUUGAUGGUCAACACUUUCGUAGAGAGCGUUCUGUGUGUAUUAUUUUAAAUAUUUUCGAAAAGUGCAAGAGAGUUGUAUAUACGAUUUGGGAGAGAUGUAAUAUACAUAUAGUAUAUAUGUGCGCACACACAAUGAUAUAAAUAUAAACGUGAGUUGACCGUGUAUCAUCAACGUAAAAUUGCCAAGUUCAGUCGACAUGUCUUCAUAAUGUAUUAAUUAUCCGAUAACGUCUCAUUUAACGUAGAAGAAGACUACCCGACCUUAGUAUUUUACUAGUAUUUUAAAUGUCGGACUUUUAAAAUUAAUCUAGUAGUGAAUAUUUAUAACUUAUAUUCACCGUUGAUUCAUCUUAAGCUUUCCCAUCCUUUGUAUAAGGUAUAUACCAUACUUGUGAUUUUUCAUUGAUAUGAAUAGAUUUUCAUAGAAUGUACACCAAUAAUGAUUAAUGCAAACUGAUGUGCCUAUUUCUGAACAAUUAAUAAAAUGUUACGAGAUAAGGGUAUCUGUGAACAGGUGUAUUCCCGGAUAAGAGCAUAAAAAUAGCUAGGCAAUAUCAAUUCUUAACCUAUAAAAUAUACCUACGUAUCCGUCUACAUAAAUCAAGCAACCUUACGUUAAAGGCAAGAGAAAAUGUACGAAUGAUUUUUACAAUUUACAUCUUUUUGAAAAUUAUCUUACAAAGUGUAAGAGAGAUUUUACCGUUUUUAAAAUAAAACGAUUAAUCAUUUUUAUCUGAAUAAGGUAGACCUAUUAAAGUACUAAAGAAUCAUGUUAACAAAAAAAAGUAAACAGCGUCAUGAGAAAUCGGAUCUUGGGAUUUAUUUAUACAAAGAUUUGAAAUGAUAAAUAGUUACACCACGCGCAUUCAAUUCAACCAACUUUCCAUUCAGGUGGAUUACAAGUUUAACUGUAGUAUGUUCACUAUUAUAUCAUUUGUAAAAUUUUAAUAAAUAAAAAUAUGAAAUUGUUUACAC